AUGAUAGACUUUGCUCGGUUUUUACAAUUUUCUGCAGUAUUAAUAAUUUGGACUCUUGCUCUAUUUUCGCCUUUAAUAACACUUUUUAUAGUUAUUCUUUUAUCAUGGUUUUGGUCUUUACCUAUGACUUUAACACUAUGUCUUAUAUAUGGUUUUUGGAUGUAUUUUGAUCGUCAUACAGAUUCUCAAGGAGGUCGAUUGUCUAAUCGAAUUCGUCAAUGGUCUAUAUUUACACAUUUUGCAAAUUAUUUUCCUCUUCAAUUAAUUAAAAGUGAAGAUCUUGAUCCAAAUCGAAAUUAUAUAUUUGGAUUUCAUCCACAUGGAGUCUUUUCUUUCAGUGCAUUCGGUAAUUUUGCUACAAAUGCAACAUAUUUUUCUACUCUUUUUCCAAAUAUUCGAUCAUAUUUAAUGAUUCUUCGCCUACAAUUUCUAUGUCCAUUUACACGUGAAUUAUGUCUUAGCUUAGGUAUAUGUGAUGUAUCAAAAGAUAGUUGUGAGUAUUUGUUAAGUGGAAAAUCUGGUCAGGGUAAUGCACUAGUCAUCGUCAUUGGUGGUAUACGUGAACAGAAUCUUACGAGAAAUAAUACUAUGAAAUUGUAUUUAAAGAAUCGAAAAGGUUUCGUUAGACUAGCAUUAAAAUAUGGUGCUUCAUUAGUACCCGUAGUUUCAUUUGGAGAAAAUGAACUUUAUCGACGACGUGCUCAUUGUAAUUUAAUACCCAAUGGUAUAAUUUGGGGUCGGCUUCUUGCUGGAUAUAUACCACUUCGGCAUCCUGUAGUUACUGUUGUAGGUAAACCUAUUCAUGUUAAACAAAACACUAACCCAACUGAUAAUGACGUCGACAAACUUCAUCAUGAAUACAUUCAAGCCGUUGAAGAACUUUUUGAAGUGAACAAACAUACAUAUAGAUCAGAACAUGUAAAAUUAGAAAUUGUUUAG